GGGAUUUCACAAUAACGGGUCUUACGGACAUUUGCCAGAGGAAGCCGGUCUCAGCUUUAAACCCCCUGUCAGAGUCAGACAGUCACUCUUGUCUCCCGUAGCUACAGGCUACAGGAGGGUUGUUCAUUAUUUUUGCGAGAAAAAAAAAGUUGAUGCGGGUCUCAACUAUUCUCAACUAUUGACAUUUGCAUGUCAGAGAUAUUAUGAAGAGUGUGUAAGAGGGGGGACGUUGGCAAAAUGCUGAUUUUUCUCCCUUUGCUGUUUGUUCUUUGCGCUAAACCAGUUCACAGCAUUUUCGACGGAACCUGCCCCAGAAAAGGUAAGAUCUCACUCCAGUUGGGCCACUAGAUUUCACUUUAUGAGUGUGUAAGAUCUGUGAAGAUGUCAAAAACGAGCAGCCACGAGUCUGAUCAGGGACAGACGCGACUUAUGUCCUUUUUCACGAGAGUGUGAACUUUAUUUCAUGACAAUUGUUGGAAAGAGCAGCAGAUUUAUGCCUGUAAGUUUUCAAACCUUUGAUAAUUACCACGAAUCUUCUUUAUUGGACCAAAGAUAAACCAUAAAUCACAGCAGGCAGCUCAAACAGUUGCAGCGUGUUUUUAUUUCAGUUUCAGCUUAGUGCAACUCACACCGAGCACACUGUAGGUUAAUGCAACACAUUUCACAUUAAAGUCAAUUCAAAUGUCAUAGAAAAUAGUUUAGAUGAUUAUAACAUUACAUAUUUCAAAAUAUGAUACAAAUAUGUGUAAAAGAAUAUGUGCAGAUCCUUUGAGAAAGCAAGUUUUUUACAUUUAUUUUAGAGAAAUAUUUUAUUCACAAUAUAUAAGCCUGAUACAAGUAGGCUUUGAUUUUGAUGAGACCAUAAUAAUGAGUUUUUAAAGAAAGACAACCUAAAAACCAAAUCCGACAUCAAUAAAAUAUGAACCUGACUAGAGAGAAAAGUCAAAACUUUAAAGUGAUACAGAUGUUUUGGUUUGGAUGAAUAAGCCUAUUUUUAUGAGUUUCUAAAGCUCUCGAAAUGUUUUUUUCAUGCGUGCAGAAGUAGGUGCAGAUGCAGCUCUGGAGGAGUUCAGUCCAGGAUUAGACCAGGACUUUCUGACUUUUGAGACAACAGAAAUAGUUGUGAGCUUUAGGGCAAAAACAAAUGUUUAAGUUAGAUUUUAGGUAGCUUUUUGUGAUCUCUACCUUUAAAUAUUGAAGAUGAGUGCUAGGUGCACUUGAGGCUAGUUGAUGUUAUGUACAUUAAAAGCUUUGCAUCAGUCGUUAUAGCCCAGAGGAAGGUGGUGAAUAAUAAACAGGUUCUGAUUCAUUGAACCCUAAAGAACUCUGUAGGGACCUUACAGGUUUUUUAACAAGCAAGGACGUACACCGCCUUGACGAUGGCUGGUCGACUCGGCUACUGAUACACACACACAGGAACAAAUAUCUUUUUUUUUACUUUUUGUCUUCACCACAUAAAAACUAACAAAGAAUUAUACAAGAGCAACAUUUCUGAGUUUUUCUUUAACUUUCAUGUAACACAACAGAGGCAACAUACCCUAAAUCUUUAAAGGUUAUUUCUCCAAAGACUCGAAAAGAAACUGUUUUCCAAAAUCACAAUUUUUAAAUGUUUGAAAAUUCACAAACAAAUUCAUGCAAACUCCCCAAAAAGAGGAAAAGGACAACCCUUAUAACUCUUUGCAUCAUAGCUCCGCCUCAGUCGUUGUUUUUGUGCAAUAAAUUAAUUGUGUCACUGCAGUGUUCAUUCCUCUUGAACUGACAGCGGGAGUCAUGAUUGCCAAGAGUGAUAAGGGGUCAAAAUAAGGUGUGCUAAAGCAUUUUUGGUAGACUGAUUUACUCUCCUGUACAGCUUUCCUUGGAAAUUGUUGUGAAAGGUGAUUUUCUUUGAGCCAACAUACUAGGUAAAAGAAAAUGUGCCUUAUGUAAAUACAGCCUGUUGUUGCACAGCCCAAAUAGUGGAUUGUAUCAGAAGUCCCACCUCUGAAAAGGCAAGUAGUCAUACUGUAGGAUUUUGGGGUGGCGACUAAUUCAAGGAGGAUUCAUGAUAUGUUAUAUGAUAAGUUAUGCUGGAUAUAGGUACAGCCUUCUCUAGCACUGAGUUCUUAUUUUACAGUUUCAGAAAUGCCAGUUUUACUCCACUGAGGGUUUUGUCUAUUUCCACUGUGAACAAACAGCCACUACUGUUUGUAUAAAUGUCUCAGCAUGUACAAACGUGCUGCCAUCUUCUAUAAACCAAUCAGAUUUGACCAUGAAAGGUGAUUUUAACCUUGGUCGUGUUUGAUGUUCCGAACUAAAAGUGCUGGAGGAAGGUUUGGUGGUUGUGUGGCUCCAGGGACGCCACCUAAUCAAAUUAUUUACACACAGGUUCAAGUCCCUAUUUUACAAAUAAUCAACAUACAAACCGAAAAGCAUUACAUGUUGUUCAUCUCUAGACUUUGUAUUUCCAGCGUGGACGGGAAAAACUGGGGAAGCAGAGAGAAAGUUUCUUUUGACUACACAACGUCAUUGGACUUUUGACUUCAAGCAGCCAAGUCCAAACAAGGGAGCUGUUCAAACACAAUGAGCUGUAGUAGAUGAGUCACAUUAUGACCUACAUGUUUUGAGCACAAACAUUAUGAUAAUUGGGGUCUACCAGAAAAAUGAAUAAGAAUGAGGUGAAAAAAAGAGUGCGUGAUUUGGGACAGAAAAAAAAAACACAGAGAAGACUAGAAACAGCAAAAGAGGAAGUUUCAAGAAAGAGUUGGUACUUUUUGUGACGCAAUGUUGAGUACUAUGUGUACUCUGCUUUGUCAACCAGUGCCAAAUCUCAAAGCCAAUGAUCAAUAACACUUGAUAAAUUGUGUUUCUGUUGUCUGUUUGACUGUGCAGAGCCUCCCCCAGGUUUGCUGGUUGUGUCUCCAGGCAGUAAGUUACUCCUGACCUGCAGUGGUCAGGUAAAGGUGGAUGGAGUUCAAGUCAGAGUGGCAUCAAUCGGCCCAAACACCAGCAAACGACGGAUUCCUUCAGGUGAAACCCCAACCCUUGUAAACAUAACAAAGCACACAGGAGCUUUCAUUAAAAGUGAUGAGAAGUAUCACACCAACCCUGCAGAGGCCGAAGAAAACAGAAUCAUAACACACACGCAUGAAGGAUACACAGCUUCUCCCAUUACUCACAAGGCCCAGAAAAGUGAUGUGAACAGGCUGCUAAAGGAUGAAUACAACUGGGAGGAGAGAGAUGAUGAGGGAGAAGAAGAAGAAGAAGAAGAAGAAGGUGGAGAGGAAGACAGGAGGGUGACCAGAGCUGUAAAAAUGAUGUACCAGUGGAAGUGGAAUGGAAAGUCAGUGGAAAAAGGCGACAGAGACUGGGAAGAGAUGGUGGUUGAAGAGCGAGGGGCUACACUGUUUCUGUCGUCAGUGAGAGUGACAGACUCUGGGAAGUACACGUGUUACGACAAAGGCAGACAGACGUUCUCCAUAAGAGUUAUAAUUGCAGGUGAGUAAAAACAGUGGAAAAGCUCCAAGUCAAUGUGAAGUGACUCCUGGGUUUAUUGUUCUUUAAAUCUAUCAAAAGUUAACAUUAGUUGUCAUAGAUGUAAAGUUAAUGAUGGCUUACAUUCUGACUCUCAGUAUUAAGUUUAUGUUUCUAAUCAUACAUCUGUCUGAGGCUGUGUGUUUCUUGUGAUGCACUCAGUUUACUAUUAGAUAAGCCUGCAAUGAUUUAAAGCAACAUUAGAAAUCCAGCAAGAGCUUAACUUUUUCAUAACUAAGUAUAUAAACUUUUUCUGUCUUUUUUGUAGAAAUUUUUGCAGCGAGACAUUUUCAUUUUGCCAUAUUUGCUUCUUUUCCUCUAUUUGAAACUAUGAUUGAUCAACUUUAAUAUCAGAGAAUAUUGUUUCCGUCACUUAGAAAGUGUCUUUAGCCUUUUAUGAAAAUAGAAGUCUGUUAUUAUGAAUCUGAAUCUACAAAUGAGGUGGUGGUUGAUAUGACUUCAAGGUGGAAUUGAAGUUUUAAAUUCUGUGUAUGACUCAAUGAAUAACUAAUACUCUUUAAUGUAUGUGAGCAUUAGAUCCCCCAGAGACUCCCACACUGUCCUGCUACAAAAGGUCUCCCAGCAGUAAGCUUCGCUGUGAGUGGACUCCUCGCAAGGCCAUCACCAUAAUCCCUGAUUGUUAUCUCUUAUUAAGUAAAAGGUGAGGACAGGUAUUAACAGUAUAACUUCCUUAUCAAUCAUGUAUGUGUGGUGCCAAGAUAGUGAAAUGUGUUUGAUGAUAAAACACAGGAUAAAGUCUAUCAAUCAUUUAAAGCCCUAUCAGAAAGCUCACGAGGUAACUGCAUUAAAAACGUCCAUGGCCAUUCUCAUCUUGUGUACAUAAGUAAUAUUCUUUCCCCAUGAUGUUUCUCUCACGAGCUAUGCUAUCUUUGUAAAAAAGCAAAAACACAAUCACACCGACUUAUGCAUAUGCUAGAAAAUUAGCUGAAAUUUUGACAGUAAUGUUAGUGUUGAUGAAAAGGGUAGGGUUGGAUUUGUGCAGUCUCAAUUUCUUGAGCUCAACUUUUCACAAAGUAAUCUGUAUUAUAUCUGGACUGGACUCUUUAUACUGAUCACAGUCAAAAAUCUAUCUGGUCUUUACCUUGUUGGAAAUGUAGCUACAAAAAUUUUGCUGACACAGACUGUUUGGGGUUUAUUUAAAAAAAAAACUGACAUAAAGAAAUGUUAACAACCCUUCAGACUGGGUACGUGUCUGUGUUCUCUUCGUAAAUAGAUGUGAAAGCAGAACACAGUUUUUUUUUUCAAAGAUUUGUAGAAAUAAAAGUCAUACUGAAUCAUUAUUGCAUAAACGGAAGCAUUUGCCAACCCAAACCUAGAUUUUUUUUUAAAGUUUAGAAGUUUACACACUUCUUUAUAGUAAAUGUUCAGCUUAUCAUCUAAGUUUAUUGCUGAAAGAAAGUCAUAGAAAGUUGAUUUUAUUUUUACAGGUAAUCACUAUUUAUGGGUUGACAGAUAAAGGGAAAGGGAGUGAACUAAACCCCCUUUGAGUCCAAAAUGAAUAACAAAUCCACAUUCUGCAUCACUAAAAGUAGGGCUAUAAAGGUAAAACUAGCCAAAGCAAACAAAGUUAGACACACUGAAGGACUGUUUUAUCAUUGUUUUUUUUUCUUUUAUAAGAGGCAGAGAGUCAGAGCUGUUUCGUCGCAUCAAGUGCUCAUAUUCACCUCGCCUCUCCCGCUGUUGGUGUGCUCUGGACUACGAUGAGGACGAGCUGAGAACCCAUCAUAGGGCGUACCUGUGUGUUACGAGCAUUGCAGGCAACACCACCAGCAACCUGAAGCACUUCACCCCACUGGGCAUCUGUGAGUGAGUGUGUUGAGGGGUGUGUGUCCACUUUCUGCGAGAGAAAUGAAAAGCUGCGUUGGAUGUUGAUUUUCUCCUCUCGAUACAGUGCAGCCUGAGCCACCGUCACAUGUGACAGUCCAGCAGGAAACGGGACAGGAGACAAGGUUAAAGGUCAUUUGGACUUACCCAAAGUCCUGGAAGUCUCAAGACAGCCAUUAUGAGCUCAAAUAUGAGAUCAAAUAUAGACCUCGCAUGUCUUCUUCGAUCUAUGAGCAGGUAUGUUGAAAAAAUGUGGAUGCUGGGUUUAAAAAUUGAUAAGACAGAACAUGCUUCGUAAACCCAUUAAGUUUACUUUGUGAGUUUCAGAGCAUCCUAUUAACUUCAGAUAAACAAGAAAAACCCUGCUACCUCAGGUUAUGGCAGUCUGAUUGUGUUCAUCUGGUUGUUUAUUCCUGCACAGAGACACACAAUAAAGAAAAAUCAACACUUCACUAUCACUGAUGCAAUGCCAGGUGUUGAAUACGUGAUACAGCUCAGAGCUACUGAGGAAUUCGAUGGUCUGUGGAGUGACUGGAGUCUACCUGUGAAUGCAUGCAGCUGGACAGGUAAAUACUGUUCGAUGUAUAAAGACGCUCAUCACAAAGGAACAUUCGAUUACAUUGAAUAGCCAUCUUUCAAGGACAUGGGUGUGAUGUAAAUGAAACGGGCAGUUAAACCCUCAGACUUAAUUAGCUCUGUGCAGCAUGAUCUUUCUGGACGCCAACAAAGGUUGUCAUGACAACUAUGGAGGCCGGUGUCCAGUUUCCUAGGUGUUAAAGAAGCUGCAUACAUGGAUGUUCUCUCAAACAUACGUAACUUUUCUAUUUUUAGUUGUGUUUUUGUUCCUUUCAGACUACAAUAUGUAUAGUGCACAAAACAGUAUUUUCUUUCAGCAGCCAUUAGACUGUUUAACAAAACCUGAGUCGAGGACCUGUGCACCUCAGCACUAGAUACUAGUACUACUGCAUUUAUUGCAGUUUUUUUAUACUGGUUUUAACAGAUUUUACUCUACUUGGCUGGUCUGCAGAGGUGCAGUUGUUGUUGUUGUUGUUAGUGUACUGUGUAUGAGUCUGUGAGUGACGCGACCCCUGAAUUUCCCAACUGGGAUUAAUAAAGUAUCUAUCUAUCUAUCUAUCUAUCUAUCUAUCCAUCCAUCCAUCUAUAAAGGCUCAUAGAGAUAUAAUAAACUCCAUCCAGCAACUUUUUCUGCUCAGUGUAAUAGACCUCAUUUAAAAUGAAAUAUUAGUUCAUCUCCUUAAAAUCUAAUUAUUGGUUUAAGGAGCCUUCUGGUGGUCUGUACAAAUAGGGAGCCGACCAUAUCAUCCCAACUUCCUCACUCAGAAACCAGCCGGAAACUUGUGUCUCGAGUCAUCAACUUUGCUCUCCCCUCUUAUUUCCUGUGAACAUUUAAGUGUAUGUGUUAAAAAUAAAAGCUUCUGAGAAAAAAAAAAAAAAAAACAGAACUAGAGCCGCAGCUUGUCAAUUAGCAUAUCUGCAAUAGCUCCUCUAUUUAGAGUCUUAGGCAAGACCUCUGACCAAAUUGGCUUUAUAAAUCAAACACCACAGAGAAAAACAGGAUGAAAUCACUUGCAAGCUCAGCAUUUAAUACCAAGGAACAUUAGACAGGGACUCUGUGUCUUGUUUUGUUUUAGAGAUAUUUUUAAUGAACCAGUUACAUAAACUUCACCCUUUCUCUGCAUUACUUGAAUUUUAAAUAGUACAAAACCUUCACCAAUUUUGAGUUGGUCGGGUUUUCUAUGUUCUGUGACAUUUUUAAAAAGGCAACAUACAGUCUAUAUAUUUAUAAAUGACAUGUUAAGUUGGUUAUGCUGAUUUCCAUGGCUGCUACCUUCGAAUCCCCAGUAAAAGUCAGACCAUAAACUGGAAACACUGGUCUUUUUAUCUUUAUUUGUUUGUUUGUGGGGAGAAGGGGGGUGUUUCAAUGUUUAAGAUGCACUUAGCUGAUUUUAAAGUGUUCAUAACAUUUAUGGUUGUCUCUCCUCAGCACCAUCAGAAUCGCCGCUCACGACUACGAUGGUAGGAGUCUAACACUUGCACUUCAUACCGUUUUAUUGCUACCGACACUCUAGUGUCUUACCCAGUUUUAAUGAACCCUCUCUAACUUGCAGUUCCCACCUUAUCCAGAAGGCUCUGGUGCAGACGUUGAUGUGAUGGAAGGUAAGACAACAAGAAAAAAAAAAACACACACACACACACACACAAAUAUUAGCAUUAAUUUGUUGUGUGUGUUUGUGUCAUGAGGGAAACAGUAGAAAACAAGUAUAAUAAAGGGAACUCUGUAAUGUUGUUGGGGCUAAAAUCCCCCCUGCCCCUCUGGGUUUUCACAGGAAGCCAUGUCAUCAUAAUAACUGGAGCUGAACAACGACACAAGCCACAGGAAACAUGGCUCAACACACCUAUCAUGCACACACGUUUCGUCCAACCCAAACUUACACUUGCACAUUUAUUAUUGAUUUGGAUUUGUGCCACUGUCCCCCUCUUUUUCUGCAGUUGGUGACCCUGUGCCCAGUGAACCAGAGCUGUCUUAUCACUUCCUGUGGAUCUCUGGUUUAUUCGCCCUCUUGUCAGUCACUUUGGCUGUCUACAUAUUCAGGUAGUUAUACUGUAUGUGUGUGUGUAAAUGCACAGGAGCGGUGCUGAGGUUUUGUGACUUGAGGAUAUGAGGCAGGAGUGAGGCUGUGAAAUGUAAAAACAGUUUUUGAUGUUUUAUGAGACGCACAGUAACUAUUUCAAACAGCUAUUGAAAAUGUUACCUAUCCCUGCAAUCCUCUAAAAGCUUUACAGAUUUACACAAUGUUAAGUGUGAGCAAAACCAUUGUUGUGAUAUUAUAGUCUAACAAAAGGAGACUCCCCCGAUGCUGUUUUAGAACAGCAGAACACAUCUCUCAUUAGUUAAAAGCUUCCCACAAACCACAGCUAAUGAUAGCACAAGGCACUAAGCACGUGACAGAGACCGCUUACUUCUAGCCGACAUCACUAGUUUAGUUUUAAAGUAGCUCAGACGGUCCUCUUUUUAUCUCCCUGAGUUACGGUUAGCAAACUUGUAGCAGACUUGUAAACUUGUCUCAAUUUACUUGAGACCAACCUAUUGAAUUACAGCAAAGGUCAGAGGUCAAUGACCCCUGCAGUUGCAUUGCAAGGAAUCAUCUAUAAACUUGGGUAUUUUAGCAGACUAUCAAAAGCCAACCGUCUCAAAAUUGGGUUUUAAGAUGGACAGUGAUUUGAGUUGAUUUGAGUUAAGCUGAGUUGAGUUGAGUUGAGUUAAGCUGAGUUGAGUUAAGCUGAGUUGAGUUGAGUGAGUUGAGUGAGUUGAGUUGAGUUGAGUUGAGUUAAGCUGAGUUAAGAUGAGUUGAGUUGAGUUGAGUUGAGUUAAGCUGAGUUGAGUUGAGUUAAGCUGAGUUGAGUUGAGUUGAGUUGAGCUGAGUUGAGUUGAGUUGAGUUAAGCUGAGUUGAGUUGAGUUAAGCUGAGUUGAGUUGAGUUAAGCUGAGUUGAGUUGAGUUGAGUUGAGUUGAGUUGAGUUGAGUUGAGUUGAGUUGAGUUAAGCUGAGUUGAGUUGAGUUAAGCUGAGUUGAGUUGAGUUGAGUUAAGCUGAGUUGAGUUGAGUUGAGUUAAGCUGAGUUGAGUUGAGUUGAGUUGAGUUAAGCUGAGUUGAGCUGAGUUGAGCUGAGUUGAGCUGAGUUGAGUUAAGAUGAGUUGAGUUAAACUGAGUUGAGUUAAGCUGAGUUGAGUUGAGUUGAGUUAAGCUGAGUUGAGCUGAGUUGAGCUGAGUUGAGUUGAGUUGAGUUGAGUUAAGCUGAGUUGAGUUAAGCUGAGUUGAGUUGAGUUGAGUUAAGCUGAGUUUAGUUAAGCUGAGUAAAGCUGAGUUGAGCUGAGUUGAGUUGAGUUAAGCUGAGUUGAGUGAGUUGAGUUGAGUUGAGUUGACUUAAGCUGAGUUGAGUUGAGUUAAGCUGAGUUAAGCUGAGUUAAGCUGAGUUGAGCUGAGUUGAGUUGAGUUAAGCUGAGUUGAGUUGAGUUGAGUUAAGCUGAGUUGAGUUGAGUUGAGUUAAGCUGAGUUGAGUUGAGUUGAGUUGAGUUGAGUGAGUUGAGUGAGUUGAGUUGAGUUGAGUUGAGUUGAGUUGAGUUGAGAAACAGCCAGUGCAUUGGAGUUCAGUCCAUUUUGUCAAGCUUAUUUACAAGUGUUUUUUUUCCUUUCAGGCACAAGGACAGAUUUACAUCCAAGCUACAAAGACUAAGUGUGGUUUUCCAGUGCGACCUGCCUCAGCCUCAGACCUCUGCUUCAGCUCCUCCAGAGGAGCAGGAUGAGGGGAGUUUUGACCCUCUGCAUUACCAGGAACCUUCAUCAAGCGAUGUGGAAGAGGAACAAGGAGAGGAAGAGGAUGAACUAGAACAAUGGCCUAAUAACAGGAUGAUAGCUCAGCAUUUCAACAACACAACUUACUUUUUUCUUCAAAAGGAGUGAGGUUCAGACAGAGAGGAGAAUAAAAAAAUAUUUACUUCUGAAAAAACAGAGAUACAGAUGGCAAAAGAUGACUUUCCUCUGUUGGAAGCAAACCGAGGAACUAUUUCAUAGUUUCUCUUUCUCUCGCUCUCUCUGUAUGAGUGUGUUCUUAACCUUAAAUACCUCUUCAUACCUUUUUAUUGAAGCUAUUAAGCAAAUCUCUCAUGUCUUUGGCAUUAGAGAUAACUGUAGGUUACAUGUAAGCUUGAUUAUAGGCCUAUAUCGACUGUACCACCUCAUUUUCAGUUUUUAUAUAACUUUGUGAAGUUUUACCAAAUACUUCAACCCCACUCUUCACUUAUUUCUUCAAAAGUUUGUAAAAUAAUUGUGCUGUCAAGCAUUUGGCCUAUAUGUGAAUGUGUUUUACUGCUUUUGUGUUGUUCUGUUUGUGGUUUCAGGAUAAAAUAAAUAAAUAAAAAGAUGUGACUUUAGACUUUUGUGGCAUGAAAUACUCCCAGGUUUUUCAAAGUGCUUCAUUAUCUCAGUCUUGAUCAUAAACAAUUUACAUUAACCCUAGAACACUAUCGCCGGCUGAUUUUCACCCGACCAAACAUGUUUAUGUGAUUUUCAUUAUGUUGCAUUUGUCUGAAUAUCAUGGGUCUCUGGGUAGCUUCAGCAUUGCCUUUGACAUCUUUGAAGGCAUAUUUGUUUCCCUGAUCCAAAACCUGCUUUUUCCUACAGGCACGUAUUCGGAUGAUUUUCACCUGGCAAUAGUGAUAGAGGGUUUGGGUGGAUUUGAUAGCUGCAUGUAGGGAAUAAGGUUAGAAAGAGUGGUCCUGGAAUUUGCAUGCUAUCUUUAUUUAGUGCAGUGGUUAUGAAUGAUUAUCACAAAGUAGUGAUUUUCAAGGUUAUUCAUAUGGUGAUAAGAAAUAUUUUAGUCAGCUGCUCAUUUUUACUCACUCAAAAUAUGCAAUAUUUGGUUCUCUCUCCUGCGGCUGUUAUUGUGCCAAGGACCCUGAGUCUUCACCAGGGGAGGACUCACAUGCCCCAGGAAUGGGUGGAAAAGAAAUUAAGUUUACAGUUUAUAUAUAAACACACAUAUAUAGGAAUUUUUUGUUCAUGAAUGCCUAAUUUCAAUAAUUGUGUUGCAUUUUUAUAUGGUCCCCUCAUGGCACUUUCCCCCCCUUCCGGUUAAAAAUAAAAGAAAAAUACUUUAA